GCCCCCUUCGUGUUGCAAUCAGACGACGGGGCGUGGCCUACUUUGCGCCACGCCUCCUUAUUUGCAUCGCCGUUGCCUUUCUCGCUCCCGCGCAUGCGCAACUGUCACUUCCGCCAGCCGGUGGGGGCUUCCGGGUCCGGCGGUGAUUGGAGCGACUGUGGUGCUGAGGGAAGCAGCUGCUCUGCUGGACCAUGAGCCCCUUGAGGGAGAGGAACUGACCGGAUGGAAGAUCAUUCUGGCUUGGAGGGAGAUUUCCACAAUCCCAUCAUUACGCUUGUGUCCUUGUGGACUUGGCUGUGGCUUUGAGAAGAUGUUUGCCAAACUGAAGAAAAAGAUUGCCGAAGAAGCGGCGACAGCUCCGCGAGGGGUGGCCAGGAUGCCCAGAUCGGUCAGCAAAGAGUCCAUCACGUCCAUGGGAGCGGAUUCAGGGGACGACUUUCCUUCUGAUGGAAGCAGCUCCAGAGAGGACGUCUCCUCUCAGUUGUUACGAAGAAAUGAUCAGAUACGGAAGCUGGAAGUCAAGCUGUCUGAUUAUGCCGAACAGGUCCGAAACCUGCAGAAGAUCAAGGAGAAACUUGAGAACGCUUUAGAGACGCAUCAGGACUCCUUUGUGAAGAAACUCCAAGAGCAGAAUGAGGCCCAUCAGGCUAGCACUGCCAAGAUGGCAGAAGGAAUGGCCCUGGCGCUGGAGAAGAAGGACCAGGAAUGGAAAGAGAAGCUGUCUCACCUUGAAAAGGAGAAGAAGCUCCUUCUGGCCCAGCUGCAAGAUAUGAGAGAGCAGAGCUUGAACCUCUUCCAGAAAAGGGAUGAAAUCGAUGAGCUGGAAGGCUUCCAGCAGCAGGAGCUGGCAAAAGUGAAGCAUAUGCUUUUGAAGAAAGAAGAGCUGCUGGCCCAGAUGGAGCAAGAGGUGGCAAGGGCCCGGGAGGAGCUCCAGGUCUCCCAUGCAUCGGCCUCCAACCUGGCGGAAGAACUGCAGCAUCUGAAAGAGCAACAUGCCGACCUGCAGGCCGAAAGGGCCGAGCUCCGAGAUGCAGCGGAGAGCGCGGAAAGCAAGAUCUCCGUGUUAGAGCAGCGAAGCCAUGAACUCCAAGGCUACAUCCAACAAUUAUCAGUAAAUCUACAAAAGGCUCAGGGCGCUGCCUGUGGUUGUGAAAAGAAAUUGGAAACCUUGCAGGGAGAGCACGGCUCUCUGAAGCUGGAGUACGAACAGCACAAGCAAAAGGUGGCUAUUGAAGUGGAGGAGAAAAGCCAGCUUGUGGGCCACUUGCAGGAGAAAGUGACCAUCUUGGAGAAGCGGUUAGAAGGGAACCUCUCUGGCGAUGAACAUAUUUGGGACCUGCUCAGAGAGAAAAGUGCUCUAGAACAGUGGUUAGAAGAUGCCCGGCAGCAGCUCUUGGCAGCAAGGACCAGCCACACAGAGAGCGUGAGCCAGCUGGAGACUCAGAUCAACCAGCUGAAUGGCCAACUGGCCGAAGGGCAGGCGCACCUGAGCGAGAGGGAGGAGCGAGUGCGCAGUCUCCAGGAAAACAGCGCACAACAGCAGAAAGAUCUUGAAGACGCUCUCCAGCUAGCCAAUGAGGCCGCUACGAAAAGCAAGGCAGAGGUCGAGGAGAGAGAGCUUCGCAUUCAACAGUUGCAAGCGGACCUGGAGUUGGGGAGGAUCAAUUGGGAGGAAAGCCUUUCCGCUGCCCAGCAUCACUGUGCAGAACAAGUGGCAAAGCUGGAGGAGAAGACUGAGGCCCUCGUGGCUGCGCAAGAGUCCGAAAGGGUGGCUUCCCAGCACAGAAUUAGGCAAUUAGAAAAUAAAAACGAAGAACUUACCAUCAGAUGUAAGGAUGUAGAAAAGUUAACGACUGCACAAGAGUCUGAACUGGAGAGACUAAAGGCAGAACUGGGCAGGAGUGCCGAAAUGGCCCAAACUCAGGAGGAGACACAGAAGGAGCUGCAGCAACAGAUUGCAGAUUUGACGUCAUCGUUAAAAGAGAAAGAUCGGCUGAUUGCGGAAAAAACAGGCCAGCUUUUGAAAGAGGAAGAAGAGCUGACGCACUUAAGGCAAGGCCACGAUGCGCUUGUGCUGCAGGUCCAACAGUUGCAGUCCAGUCUCAAGCUCUGCCAGCGUCAGGCUGCCGAACGGGAAACCGAGGCAGAAGAGCAGAGGAGCGCAUUGCAAGCCCAGCUGCAGGAACAGCAAGAGUGGCUGACGGCCAGCGAGAAGCAAGCAUCCUCAGCCUUGAAAAAGCACUUGCGUGCCUCCGAAGGUGGAGAAGCAGAAACCAAUGGAGAGGUGGACGCCGCUGAUGUGGUUCAGCUCCAGAAGGAGAACAGAGACCUGGAGCAGCAAAUCGUGGAGAAGAAUAAGAUGAUAAAGCAGCUCCAACAAAGGAUGGCGGAACUAAAGAAGACCUUGCAGAAAGAGUUGAAAAUCAAGCCUGAGGCCGAGGUCCCCGAAGCACCCGCUCCGGCCUUGACUGUGACAAACAACUCAGAUCUGAACGACUCCCGAGAGAUAAACUUUGAGUACCUGAAGCACGUGGUGCUGAAAUUUAUGUCCUGCAGGGAAUCAGAGGCAUUCCAGUUGAUCAAAGCCGUCUCAGUGUUGCUCGGCUUCUCUCAAGAGGAAGAAAACAUGCUCAAGGAAACGCUGGAGUACAAGAUGUCCUGGUUUGGGUCCAAGCCGCCUCCCAGGGGCAGCAUCCGGCCUUCCAUCUCAAGCCCAAGGACCCCCUGGUUAUAAGAGGCCCUGCGGAUGUGCUCCCGAAUCUGCCUCAAGUUGCUUUUAUUUUGUUUUUCUACAAAAAAAGGAUGCUGCAUCCACCGAGGUCUUAACUUGCUUUCACCACAGUAUUUUAUAUGAAAAACUUGGGGGGGGGGGGGGGUGUUUACAAAGAAUGACCUUUGGGAAUCACAAAGGUCCCACAGAGGCUUUGUGGUGAAGGUCACUGUUAGAUAUGGGAAGCAACCUGCUGCAUUGGCGUCAUUCCCAUCAUCCCCUGGAAAAAAAAUGGGAAGUGGCUUUCUCUUACCUUGUUAUGAACACGCCUUCCCGGUGAUUUCAACCUCUCUGGAAACAGGCAUCCUCGACCUCCAGCUGGGAAAGCACAACUUUUUACAGAGCUGACCAGCUUUAUUUUUCUUACAGAAAAAAAGCAAUUUUAAAUCGUCUUUAUGACUCUUGCCUUUUAAAGUAGUGUAUUCAAGUAAGUGUUCAGACUGGGGAGUGGGUGGCAGCCGUUCGUUUUUUUAAAUGCUAAGGAGACAAGGACUCUUAAAAGCACUUCUAUGUCACCUGUAACUAGAUUUGCCCCAAAGGAAUGAAUGGGAGGUUGCUGACCUGUUUGGAGCAUCAGACUCUGCAAACAUAUGCUCGAAGCAGUUUUGCUCAUAACCUGUCAAAGAAAAGACUGCUCAUUUGUGUUGCCGCUCUUAACUCAUGGGCACAAUUACAUUUAAUUUUGAACCAGAGUUUGGACAAAGACUUGGUCUACUACUCCCUAGAAUUUGGCAGUUGUAGGUCAAGAAGUAACUUUGUCUAACUCUUUUUUAAAUGCAGAUACUCCGCAUUUGAGUAUAGCUUGGCUCAAUUCAAAGAGGAAACCGAAUGGCUUAUUUUCUAAUUGAAUAACCAAAAAACAACAUCCUCUGCACCUACAAAUUGCAGGGUUUUUAAAACUUAACCAGUGUAUUUAGCAAUGCUACAUACUGUACAAAAGCCGUGUAAUAUAGGAAGCUGCAUAUUGCUAAGCAACAGUAUUGAAACCUGGGAAGCUUCCCAAGAGCAAGAAUGAGGUGUGUAUAUUCAUUUGUCAUCGCAACUAAUGCACUUUCUCUUCCUGUAAAAAUUAAAACACAAACUACCUUUGGCGUUAUGUAUAUAUAUAUAUAUAUUAAAAAAAGGCCUUUGGGCACACUUGGCGAGUCAACUCCUUCAGUGUACAAUGCAAUGGCCUGUAGGAAUCUAAUUUGUGGUGCAAUAUGUUUUGGAUUAAAACUUGAGGCUGAGUUAUUAUA